AUGUCAUCCGAAAAGUCGGCCCAAACGGUUCCCUGCGCCUACAAGACCGGCCGCACACUAGGUCAAGGCACCUAUGCCGUCGUCAAGGAAGCCGUACACAUCAAGACGGGAAAGUACUAUGCCUGCAAGGUCAUCUCCAAGAAGCUCAUGGAGGGAAGGGAACACAUGGUACGAAAUGAGAUUAGUGCACUCAAGAGGGUUAGUCAGGGACAUGGAAGUAUCGUUACAUUGGUGGAUUACUUUGAGACGAUGAACAACUUGUACCUCGUCACGGAUCUCUGCGUGGGUGGGGAAUUGUUUGAUCGGAUUUGUGAGAGGGGGAGUUACUACGAACAAGAUGCGGCUCACAUUGUGCAGACAGUCGUCAAGGCAGUCAAGUAUCUCCACGACCAAGGAAUCGUCCACCGAGACCUCAAGCCAGAGAACCUCCUCUUCCGAGACAAGACCGAAGAGUCCGACUUGCUCAUUGCAGACUUUGGUCUCAGUCGGGUCGUAGACGAUGAUACCCUCUCGGUCCUCUCGACGACUUGUGGAACUCCAGGGUACAUGGCGCCAGAGAUCUUCAAGAAGAGCGGACAUGGUAAGCCUGUGGACAUGUGGGCCAUCGGUGUCAUCUCCUACUUCCUCCUCGCCGGCUACACUCCCUUCGACCGGGAUUCAACCGCCCAAGAGAUGCAGGCCAUCGUCAAUGGCGACUAUGCUUUCGAGCCCGAGGUCUACUGGCAAGGCGUCUCCCCUUCUGCGAGAGACUUCAUCAAUAAGCUCCUCACAGUGGACCCUUCCAAGAGGAUGACGGCGAGUGAGGCAUUGGAACAUCAGUGGUUGAGCACAGAUGCUGCCAAGCAAGAAGGAGAACAGAAGGAUCUGCUGCCGGGUAUCAGGAGCGCAUUCAAUGCAAAGAUGACUUUCAGAAAGGCCGUGCAUGGUAUUCGACUAAUCAACCGUCUCCGCACAGAAAGCAGCGAGCAAGUCCCGCGCCACGAAGUGGAAGCUCUGCGCAAGGGAAUCGCCGAAGCCGAGGCAGAAAACGUGCAAGAGGUCCUCGAUGUGGAUUUGCCCGAUGCUUCUGGCCAUCAGGACAAGGAUAAGAAGGAAGAGAAGGAAGGAGGGGGAGCAAAGAAGGAGGAAGGAGACGAGAAGAUGCAAGAGGGUAGUUCGUGAAGUGAUGAUUACAGAGGAGUUAUGGGUCUUGUGCGAUGUGGAGCAGUGGGCGCAAGUUAUCCACACGCACGCUCAGUCUACUAUUCUUAGCCUUGGUCGUAGCCCUGGUCAGCCGACCUAGUCAACUUUUAUAUCAAUAGCCUCUGCUUCUGCUCGUCUGCCUCUGCUCGACUGCGACACUUGUCCUCCUCCCCACCUUUCUUUCUCGUCACGUCCAUCUGUGUCUCCGCACCUCGCACCGACGCCCCAGCG